AUGGGGUUUUUAAAGGAAAUCCAGGGGUUCUUUCACUCUAUCACCACGAAUGACCAUUACGCCUCGUAUGAUGCAUCGGAAUCGGCCAAUCUUGGGGCCGCUCCAGGACACGAAUCGUCGCAAUCCAUCUCGAUGCUGGACAACACUUCGUCGACGUCUCUAGCCCAAAACAGCAGAUCAGCCAGAAACUCGACUACCAACAGGCCGGUUCAGUACCGUCCCGGAAUGCGUUCACAGCUAAACGGUAACGAUAUCCAGAUGCAAGACUACAUUGAAGGACAACCGCCUCUACCAUCGGUUGCUUCUGUGUGGGACAGGUUGGACAAGUGGUUGGAAAGGGAGUUCCCGGAGUUGGGAGACGACAUGGAGAACGGGGCGACCGUUAAUGACUUGAACGCCUUUGAAAAAGACCUGAACAUUUCUCUACCGUUCGACGUGAGAGAGUCGUAUCAAAUACACGACGGCCAGCUAACUCUAGGAAAAAAGCGUGGCCUAAUUUAUGGACACCCUUUGCUUGACCUGGAAAGCAUUGCUGCAGAGGUCAACAUCUGGAGGAAAGUCGGCGAUAGAUUACAGAGGACUACAGAGCAUUUCACCAGUGAGCAAAUACUGCUCGAAUCUCAAAACAAGUCGGAGGGCAGCAGCCAUUUCCAACAGCAAAAGACCAAGCAUUUCCGCUUUCUCGAUUCUCAGAAGUCGGUUCCAAAGGGAGCCGUGCAAGAGGUGUAUUACCACAAUCAAUGGAUUCCGUUAGUGAAAGACAAUGAGGGGAACAAUAUUGCCUUGGAUCUUGCUCCAGGACCAAGAGGCAGAUGGGGCCAGAUCAUUCUUUUUGGCCGCGAUUUCGACACCAAAUUCGUUGUCGCCUCGUGCUUCACUGAGUUCCUGCUCAACCUCGCCGAUGAUCUCGAGGACGGCAAGUUCUACAUCGACGAGAUGGACGAGGAUCUCGUGUAUACAGAAAACGGCAAGACGUACUCGUACUUUGACGUGCUGAAAUUCCGCUCGUUGGCUUUGGCAAAAAGUAUGGGUGGAUCGCGACUCCCUGUUGGAAAGAGCGGGUCCAGCGUGUCUUUGGUGGCUUCUCCGCGAAUUUCCCAGACCAAUUUGUCAAAACAGUAUGCUCCACCUCUGAAUGAUAGUUUUGUUGUUGAGGACGAGGAUCCAGUGAUUCCAGCAGAAGAUGUUAUCAAGCCCCAGACACAGCCCGACCUCCUAGCUGAUGACCUGAAAGAGGUCGAUCUGGCCCAGGAGGGCGAGAAAACUGAAGCCGUGAAAGAAACAGAAAUUAAGCCUGAGCUAACAGAGGAACCAGAGGUCAAGGAGCCUAAAGAGUCACAGCCUGAAGACUCUCAACCAGCAAUAGAGACAGGACCUGCUCCUGAGUCGGCUGACUCUGUCGCGACUGAGCCUGAAGCAAGUACUGCUGAGACCGAGCCUGCUGCUCAAGAACAGAGUGAGGGAAACAAGGCCUCUGAAGAGGGCUUUACCGAAGCAGAUGCCGAGGAUUCCAAGUCCGAGACAGAGGACGCCGAGAAAGAUGUUGCCGAGGACACUACUGACUCUCCUGUUGCAGCUGUUGCUACCAAGUCAAAAUCCCGUAAGAAGAAAGGUAAGAAAGGUAAGAAAUAA